AAGAAUAAAAUCGUGAGCAAUCAGCCGAUAAAAAAAUCUAAUAAUAAUUUAGCAACAGCCAUAUACUUGUACUUUUGCUGCGACUCGUAGUAAUUGUGAUGGUUUCAUAACUUCUAGGUAUUUUAAUCAAAAAAUUUUAUUCGACAUUUACAAGUCAGUAGAUUCAGUAGAAGAUACGCACGAGUACAUCGAAUACGAAGUGUCUGGAUUUCAAUUGUAACGCGGUAAAAAUCAAAACGUGAAUGUAGGUAGAUCCAGUAAUGAUCAUGAGUGAAAAACAUAACCAUGGAUUUAUUGACGGUGACGGAACGGACAGCUACAACAGCUUUUCAGCCGCCAUAAAUUCAAGGGAAAUUUUAACCCAUAAAGACAAAAGCAACACAUAUAGCAUUGCACUUAACGAUUUAAAGAAAUCUGCAGAAGUUGGAGACUAUGAGCCCUACAAUUACAGAGACACUGAGCAUCCAACAACCAAUAAAGAAACGUUCCUCCAUCUUCUCAAAGGUAGCCUAGGAACUGGAAUCCUUGCCAUGCCUUUGGCUUUCUACCAUUCGGGAUACGUUCUUGGUGUAGUGGCUACUGCCUUGAUAGGCUCCUUAUGCAUGUACUGUGUACAUAUGCUCAUAAAUUGCGAGUAUGAAUUAUGUAAAAGAAGAAAAGUUCCCAGUAUGACUUACCCAACUACAGCGGAAUGUGCAUUUCAAGACGGGCCUCCAAUUUUUCAAAGAAUAGCUCCAUAUUCACAGCAUAUUAUCAACGUCUUCCUCCUGAUAUAUCAGCUGGGUACUGGGACAGUUUACACAGUAUUCAUUGGCGAGAAUAUUCACCUGGUUUUAAAGGAAAACGAUAUACACAUCGACGCAAGAUGGGUUAUGUUAAUCUUCCUCUUACCUUUGAUACUGAUAAACUAUGUGAAGAAUCUGAAAUUCUUAACUCCAGUUUCAUCCUUCGCAAACAUAGUAACCAUGAUCAGUUUUGGUAUUAUUGUUUACUUCAUGGUUCAACAGGAUAUCGUCUGGGAAAACAGAGAACCCUUUGGAAGUUACAAGAAUUAUCCCCUGUUUUUUGGAACCGUGCUCUUCGCUCUUGAGGCAAUUGGUGUGGUACUUGCGCGUCUUCUCCGCUCCCGAGUCCAAACAACAAUCUUGAAUCUACAGAGUCCGCCAAGAUGGGUAGUCAAAAUGUUCCAGAGUGGUUGUUGGUCUGGCGUAAAUUCUUCCUACAGGAAAACGGUACCCAAAAAAAAACCCUUCAAAGAAAAAAAAUCCUCAUUGAUCUCUAUUGAAAUUAUCCUAACUACAUAAUACAAAAGUAGCAUCCUUAGGAACUUUGCAUUAAUGUGGCAACACCGUAAAACUGUGAUCGAUAUGAAAAGUAAUAUUUUAUUUUAUC